CCGACGUCGGCGUCGUCGUCGUCGUCUCCUAGUCCGCGGAUGCGCGGGAAUGGAAAUGCAUACCGUGAGGAUAGUCGGUCGGAGUGACUAUUCGCAACAGCUCCCAUUCGAAAAGAAGAAAAAGGAGAGAGGGAGGAAGAGAGGUGGAGGAAGAGCAUUAUAUACUCGCUGGAUCUUCCGUGCGCUGUCAGUAUCUCGCCCGAAUUCGCGGCAUCGAGGGGUCGCGAGAGAGCCGACGCAUCCGCAAGAUUAGAUUCGCCUCGCUGCAGAGUGAGAUCAUUCGAGACUUUUCGGCGAACAAACUCGUGCUUUUUUUAACCCCCGGCGAAUUUCUCGAAGGAGGAAAAGUCCUUCUUUAUUUUCUUAUUCCUUUCUUUUCGCGUGACGAGGAUUAUCAUGGCCACUUACGCGACUUACAGGCACGUCGAGCUUGAUAACGUCGGAUAUGGGAAGAAAAGGGUAUUGAAGCCACCUGGCGGUGGUAGCAGCGACAUAUUCGGCGCAGGCCCGGAGGAGAUGACGAGUCCACGUCGUGUCAAGAUCCACAAUCAGUCCCAAUUGGGCUCGGCCCUUUUCGGCAACGCCAACGGCACCGAUAACCCGCAUACUAUCCUGUCGCCGCGGUCCAAUAAACCCGGUAAUGAUUCAUACAAUCGUCUGUUCGGUCCUCCCGAUGCCCCGCCCGUCAAAAGUCGAAAUGCAAAAAAAUAUAAAGACACCAAUACUCUCUUCAACGGUGAAUCGUUGGCUUCGAUGUCGUCAUCGAGCUCCUCGAUAUCGCGCUCCAAGAGCACAAUCAGCAACGGCAGUAGCUUACUGCCGAACAUUGCUAACGGCUUCCCUAGCAACGGCAAUAAUUUGUCCAACGAUAUUACAGCAGCUAUUAGGAGAAAGAAACGAUUUCGAGGAUUGCCGACGCGCAACCCGGUCACCGGAGACGGAAUUGAGGUGACGCCUGCAAGAUGCAACCCACGAAAGUGCAGAGAUGGCAAUCCGGUAACCGGAGCCGGAUACGCGUCUGAAAUGCAGAAAAACGGAAAGCCGGCCGUGCAGAACGGAAUCGCUAGCUCGAAUUCCAGCAGUAGCGGCGAAAAGUCGAAUGGCACAUCGUCGCCGGGGACAGCAAAACUGCGCACCCGCAUACCACCUGGUGGCUACUCAUCCGGACUCUGGUAAAGGGUGGAAGCGAGAGAGGAGGGGGAGGGGGAACGAAAAUCAUUACAUCAAUCACAGUCGCCUUAUUUCCUCUUUCUCCGGCAGAUAUUCCGAUUAAUUCUUUCAGCCCCCCUCCCGUGUUACACUCUUAUUAAAGCCUACUCUAUCUCUUAAGAGGAUGCUGACUCUGUAUGUUUUAUCGACAAAUAUUAUUUUCAUUUAACACUCUUUAUUGGCUAUA